AUGCUUUUACAAACUAAUCCGGGGUCAAUAGUAGAUAUACAGACAACCGAUGGAAAAUUUGAAUAUGUUUUUAUGGCUCUCGAUGCAUCCAUAAAAGGUUGGAAGUACUGUAGGCCAGUGAUUGUAGUCGAUGCGACAUUUUUAAAAUCAACCUAUCGUGGAAUGCUAUUGACAGCAUCCACCCAAGAUGGGAAUGGUAAGAUUUUUCCACUAGCAUUUGCUGUUGUUGAUUCUGAAAAUCAUGCUUCUUGGGAAUACUUUUUUGCAAAAUUACUGGAAACUUUUGGUCGAAGGGCUGGAUUGUGUAUAGUAUCAGAUAGGCACGAUAGCAUAUCUGAGGCAGUCAAAAACAUUUUUCCAGAAGCAAGUCAUGGAAUUUGUGCAUACCAUUUACUAAACAAUGUUAAACUAAAGUUCGGAAAGAAAACAAAUGCAAAAGCGUUGAGAGAGUGUUUCUAUGGAGCUGCAAAGUCUUACUCAGUUCAGUCUUUUGACUAUUUUAUGGGACAACUAGAUGCUAUAAAUGUUGCAAUUCGACCCUAUCUGGAAAAAAUUGGGGUCAAAAAAUGGGCAAGAUCACAUUGCAAAGACAAUAGGUUCUCAACAAUGACUUCAAAUAUAGCCGAAUCUAUGAAUGCAGCUAUCAAAGCAGCUAGGGAGUUACCAGUAGCGACACUUCUUGAAUAUUUGAGAUUCUUGACGCAAAAAUGGACUUACACGAAUAGAAAUGCCGCAAUCUGUACAAUGACUAAGUUGACAAGCAAAGCAGAAAAUGAUCUCAGAGAUAACUAUGCAAUUUCUUUGAGAAUGAAGGCUUCAACAUCAGUUACUAAUGUGCAUGAUGUGCAAGAUGGUGAAAAGACAUUUAUAGUGAAACUGAGAGAAAAGAACUGUACAUGUGGCAGAUUUCAAAUUGAUGAGAUGCCAUGUCCACAUACACUUGCAAUAUUAUCCUCACUACACCUAGAUCCUUAUCAAUACUGCUCUAAAUUCUUCACCAAAGAGAAUCUGCUUGUAAUGUAUGAUGGAGUUGUGUAUCCAAUGCCAAGUCAAAACAAUUGGGAUAUACCUACUGAAAUUGAAAGGAUUGAAAUACUUCCACCAAUAGGAAAGAUACCAGCUGGAAGACCAAAAAAAAGAAGAAUAAAUGGACCAGCGGAGACAAUUAAUCCAAGUAAGUGUGGAAGAUGUGAUCAAAGAGGACAUAACCGAAAGACAUGUCGAAAUCUACCAAAGUAG